UAGUAUACGGGCUACUCCACCGGCUGCUCCGCGAGCAGUCGAGGUUGACGGCUAGUACUAGCAAGCAGUAGUGGUGUCGCAUCUGCCGAUCUCCUCUGUCCGAGUCACUCACUCGUAGGUGGCUUCCACCCAUCUCCCUCAGCAGUCAGUCAGCAGGACUCAGCAGCACUAUCUCCCACCCCCCAUCCUUCGCUACUCUUUCGUUCCUUCUGAUCGCCGCUAUCCUCUUCAGCCCCGACUGAGGAGGCGGCCGGCGCUCCCCAGGCACGCACGAGUUGACGGGUCCAGCAGCGGCCUCGGGAUCUUGCCGCCAGCUGCAGCGGCAAUCCGGUCCGUCCGCCCAGUCUCCAGGAAACCAGUGCUGUCUUAGGUAUUGUUGAUUCAUGAUUCUUGAUUCCGGGAGGCGGUUUCGUGUUGUGACAGCCCGAUCUUGCGGUUCAGCAGAGAGCCAAUCCGCUGGGUAUCAUUUUGUUUUGUUUUUUCUUUGUUGUUAAUUAAUAUACAGGGAGCUGCGCCUGCGCAAUUUUCGCGCACUGGUGGCUAGAGAGCCUCCAAAUCUCUUCUCCUUUCCAGGUGGUGUGAGUGUGGAGUGUAUGUGUUGUGUGUGUCCGGUUGUUUGUACCCAAUAAAAAAUAAUCAAUACGGUUGAACAUGUUAUGAGUAUCUUAUACGUUUAUCCACUCCAAACCAACCAUUUCUUUGGUUCUAUAAUACCACCAAGUCUGUUGCAAACUUGCAAUUGGGCCAAACUGACGAUGCCUGGCUGUGUAAUCUGUGUUGAUCCAAAAACAAACUUAUCUUGUUUUAGAGCACCCGCCGGGUGUUCGACUCUCUCUCUCUCUCUCGUCUCACCUAACUCGGGGUUUAGAGGAAAAGCAGCUGCGGUGUUGUCAUCGCCCAUUGUUUCCUCUUUUCAUCGCCCAUCAGUUCGUGUUUUUGGAUAUAUUUUAAACAUUUGCCAGUACUCUUUUCUUCUUUUAAAAUAAAAAGGCUGUGUUCGUCAUAUCAUGAAGCAAUUUGUCAUGUUAUUCUUUCUGAUAAUUAUGGUUGGUGGUCGGCCAAAGGAUCAAUAAGGAAUAAAGAAUCCUACUCGUUAUAUGCUAGCCAUGGGGGUGGGUUCUGUACUUCCUGUGCAGGUGUACCUGGGGUUUGCAGUUGGUUGUCUUUUCUGGUCGCUCAGGUACUGUAUCGUGCAAUUAUUGGUUUUGGUAUAUCAAGGUACUUGAAUUGUGCUAACCAUAGAGAGCGGUGGGAGCCCUAUUCUGUCCUACUUGGAUGCUUCCGUGGAUAUACAUAUACUGGUCUGAGUUGUCAAGUCCUUGACCUGAUCAUAUCAGUUUUGCUUAUAAGGAUGGGGGUUUACCUCAGUACUCCAAAAACUGACAAGCUAUCUGAAAAUGGAGAAAAUGAUAGACUUAAGUUUGGUCUUUCAUCUAUGCAAGGAUGGCGAGCAACCAUGGAAGAUGCUCAUUCAGCAUUGCUAGAUCUUGAUAGCGAGACAGCAUUCUUUGGUGUUUUUGAUGGUCAUGGAGGAAGAGUCGUUGCCAAAUUCUGUGCAAAAUAUCUGCAUGGUCAAGUCCUCAAAAGCGAAGCCUAUUCAACUGGUGACCUAGGCACUGCUGUCCAUAGAGCUUUCUUCAGAAUGGAUGAAAUGAUGCAAGGACAGAGAGGUUGGCGAGAACUAUCUGCACUUGGAGACAAAAUAAACAAGUUUAGUGGUAUGAUAGAAGGAUUGAUUUGGUCUCCAAGGGGCAGUGAUUCAAAUAAUCAACAAGAUGAUUGGGCUUCAGAGGAGGGACCUCACUCUGACUUUGCUGGGCCAACAUGUGGGAGUACAGCGUGUGUAGCAUUAAUAAGAAACACCCAACUUGUUGUGGCAAAUGCUGGUGAUUCCCGAUGUGUUAUUUCAAGGGGUGGGAAGGCAUACAAUUUAUCGAGGGACCACAAACCAGAGCUUGCAGCUGAGAGAGAAAGGAUAAUGAAAGCAGGGGGCUUCAUCCAUAUGGGACGAGUAAAUGGAAGUUUAAACUUGUCAAGGGCAAUUGGAGACGUGGAAUUGAAACAGAACAAAUUCCUGCCUCCCGAGAAGCAAAUUGUGACGGCCAAUCCUGAUAUCAAUGUCGUGGAGCUCUGCGAUGAUGACGACUUUGUUGUUGUAGCAUGUGAUGGCAUUUGGGACUGCAUGUCAAGCCAACAGCUGGUGGAUUUUAUCCACGAGCGUAUAAACACGGAGAGCAGCCUGUCUGCCGUGUGCGAGAGAGUGCUGGACAGAUGCCUGGCUCCAUCAACGAUCGCUGGAGACGGGUGCGACAACAUGACCAUGAUCCUGGUGCAGUUCAAAAAACCUGUCGAUCGGAACAAGAAGGCCGAAGCAGCAGGGCAAUCUGCCAGCAAUGUGGACGAAGCCAAGAGUCGUGUUGCUGAGGAGUGAAGCAUGGCUGGCACUCACCAGGGCGCAACCAUUUGCUUUCAUAAGGCAGGUGAAAAAAAGGAACGAAGAAACCUGCAGUGUACGUAUCUCAACUGUACGUGGCAUGCCAUGCAAAUCCUGCCUAAGUUACCCCGGACAAUGGCAUUGCCUAGUGCAGUGGUGGAUCUUCAGAUCACAACCUUUCUUGUGCCAGCUUUCGGUCAUCUCCACUCUCCAGCCCUCGGAACCAUGGCUGAGUCUGUCUAUUCUUUGUGUGGUGUGUAGCAUUCCUCGUGUUUUCGUUGUCCAAAAUGGUGUCAAAUCCAGUUUUUUGUUGCGAGAAUGAACCGUGACGUUAGUGUGUUUUGCUGGCGGUUAGGUGCAAAAUACUCGAAACCUGAAUUGCCCGCUCGCUAUUUCGGGUUGUAAGUAUAUGAUGAAUCUGAUUUUAGUUGCAUGGUGUACCCAUCUUAUCUGAAAAUAAUGAAAGAUCUGUUUGUGGUUGACUAA